GCGGAUCGUGAAAAAUAACACUUCUGGGACACUACCCAACGAUUGCUCGUAUGGUUUUGUUUUUCCCUUUGUGAUCCAUUCAAAAUGAUGCAGCAGCGUUUAAAUGGGUUGAAAAGCCGCAGUGACGAAUCAAGGCUUCAGGCGGCAAAAGAUUUGCAGCAUUAUGUGUCUACGGAACUCCGCGAAGCUUCGGCCGAGCAGUACACGAGUUUUAUGGACGAACUUAAUCAUCACAUUUUUGAAAUGGUGUCGAGUUCUGAUGCGAAUGAAAAGAAGGGAGGAAUUAUGGCAAUUGUGGCUCUUAUUGGCAUUGAUAAUGGAAAUACCACAAAAAUGAGCAGGUUUGCCAAUUACUUGAGAAACCUGUUGCCGUCAAAUGAUCAAGUUGUGAUGCAGAUGGCUUCCAAGGCUAUGGGUAGAUUAGCACUUACAGGAGGGACAUUUACUGCUGAUUAUGUGGAGUUUGAAGUGAAGAGAGCAUUAGAAUGGCUAGGAGGUGACAGGAAUGAAGGGCGUCGACAUGCUGCUGUGUUGGUCUUGAAGGAACUGGCACUGAAUGCUCCAACAUUCUUCUUUCAACAAAUUCAGCCUUUUUUUGAGAAUAUUUCAAAUGCUGUACGUGAUCCAAAGCAAGCAAUCCGUGAGGGUGCAGUAGAAGCCUUGCAAGCCUGUCUUGUUAUCUUGGCUCAGAGAGAAACAAAGGAAAUUCAGCAACGUCCCAUCUGGUAUACUCAAAUCUAUUCUGAGGCAAAGAGAGGCUUUGAGGACACCCUUAAUACCAAAGAAAAAGGUGUUGUUCUUACAAAAGAUGACAAAGCUCAUGGAUCUCUGCUUAUAAUGAAUGAAUUGAUAAGAAGUGCAAGUAUUGAAGGAGAGAGGGCCAAACAGGAAUUAGAAGAAAUAUACUGUGAUCAAACCCAAACACAAUUUAGUCUGGAUGAUCUUGGUAUUAAUUCUCCCAAGAGUAAGUUUGCUCUGCAGACUGGGUACCAGCAUCAGAGAUCACUGGCUUUACUCGGAGGCGGAGGAAUGACAGAAACUAUCUGUCACAGUAAAGUUUGUAAAGAUUUCAUGGAUGACCACUUUGAAGAGGUGUGUAAACUGGUUCUAAGAUACAAGGCAACACGUAACAGCUCUAUCCAACAGAUGCUACUGACCAUUCUCCCUAGACUUGCUGCAUUUCAACCAAAACGAUUUGUUAAGAAAUACCUCAGAGAAACUAUGGACCACUUAUGUUUCGCUCUUAAAAGAGAAAGGGAGCGAUCUUCAGCAUUCAAAGCAAUUGGGUUGAUAGCCAUUGCUGUACGACAAGACAUUGAGAAGCACAGGGGACCUGUGUUUGAGCAAGUGAAAGUCCUUCUUCCUAUGAAGGAUCUUGGACAUAAGCGUCAAAAAGCAGUGACUGUUGAUCCAAUGGUGUUUGCAUGUGUUGCAAUGAUGUCCAGAGCCAUUGGACCAAAAAUCUCAAAAGAAGUUAAAGAUCUUUUAGAGCCAAUGUUAUCUGUUGGGCUGAGCCCAGCCCUUACAGCCUGUUUACGUGACUUAGCACACCAGGUACCACAGCUCAAGAAAAGUAUUCAAGAUGGCCUCCUCAAAAUGCUCUCUACGAUCUUGAUGAACAAGCCUCCGCGACAUCCUGGAGCCCCAAGAAGUGCCACACCUACACUGACCCCAUCAGCUUCAUCUCAUUCACUAUUUGACACUCUGGAUGUGACCAGCACCGUCCUGGCUUUACGGACCUUGGGUACCUUUGAUUUUGAUGGACAUCUACUGGCUCAUGGGAAUCUUGUGCGUCAUUGUGCUGAUACCUUUCUGGCAAGUGAGCACAAGGAUAUCCGCAUGGAAGCUGUCAGAACUUGCUCCAGGCUCUUGUCACCAUCUCUCCAUCCGAUGGUUAUGCCACAUGCUCCUCUUCAUCAUGCCAACAUCAGUGCUAGCUCAACACAAGUUGUGUCUGAGGUGUUGUCUAAGAUGUUGAUGGUGGGAAUAACUGAUCCAGACUCAGACAUUCGUUAUUGUGUGUUGUCAUCCUUGGAUGAGAGAUUUGAUGCACACCUAGCCCAGGCAGAGAACUUAUCAGCUUUGUUUGUGGCUCUAAAUGAUGAGGAGUUUGAAAUUCGUGAACAUGCCAUCUGUACAAUUGGGAGGCUAAGCAAUUUGAAUCCAGCUUACAUAAUGCCAUCACUAAGGAAAACUCUUAUUCAGAUAUUGACCGAGCUAGAAUACAGUGGAGUGGGACGCAACAAGGAACAGAGUGCUCGUAUGCUGGGUCAUUUAGUAUCCAAUGCACCAAGACUGAUCAGGCCUUACAUGGAACCAAUACUCAAGGCAUUGAUUCCAAAGCUGAAAGACCAAGAUCCCAAUGUAGUUAUAAGUGUGUUGGCUGCCAUUGGAGAACAUGCUCAGGUCAGUGGGAUUGAGAUGAGCAAAUGGUUGAAUGAACUUUGUCCCAUAAUCCUUGAUAUGCUUCAGGAUGCUUCACUGAACAACAAACGAGAGAUUGCUCUGUGGACUCUUGGUCAGCUUGUGGAGAGUACUGGAUAUGUUGUAGAACCAUACAGGAAGUACCCUAACCUUUUAGAAGUCUUAUUGAACUUCCUCAAAACAGAACAGGCCCCUGGAGUAAGGCGAGAGGCCAUCAGAGUGCUUGGACUUUUGGGAGCGCUUGAUCCUUAUAAACAUAAACUGAAUCAGACUGGAGGGCUGCUCGUAGGUGGGAACUCUGCCAAAGACUCGACAGAUAACGAAGCAGCUGAUACCAGCACAAGUGAAAUGUUAGUUACCAUGGGUAGCGUUCAGUUGGAGGAGUUCUACCCUGCAGUGGCAGUGUCUGCUCUUAUGAGGAUUGUCAGGGACUCAUCACUUUCUAGUCACCAUACUAUGGUGAUUCAGGCUGUGACAUUUAUUUUUAAGAGUCUUGGAAUGAAGUGUGUGACUUACCUCUCUCAGAUUAUGCCUUCAUUUCUGAAUGUCAUUAGAACUUGUGAUUCAUCAUUUCGAGAGUUUGUACUUCAGCAACUAGGAGUGCUGAUUUCAAUUGUCAAGCAACAUAUCAGAAACUACUUGGAUGAAAUAUUUGGUCUGAUCAAGCAAUAUUGGAUCCUUAACAGUCCAAUGCAGACAACCAUUAUAUUGUUGGUGGAACAGAUAGUUACAGCCUUAGGAGGAGAGUUCAAGCGUCGAAAGUGAUCCGAGAUUGCAUUGGUUUUGCUUUACUACGCANUAGAUAAAUUUUGUCCAAAAUGGGAGCAUUGACAUUCACGUUCAAAAUGAAUGAUACAAUUGAAUGGUUGCAGUUACUUGGUUAUUGAGCUCUUCAGGUACAGGAUAUAUUUACAUUAGACUUAUCAAUGCUGAAUAUCAAUCAAGCCGUGUUCUCUACACAGAUGUGCUUUAGAGACUCUAGAUCGUCUCAGUGAAUCUCUAGAUCUCACUGACUUUGCCUCACGAAUCAUCCAUCCAAUAAUGAGGACGUUAGACUCAUGCCCAGACCUACGCGGUACAGCUAUGGAUACUCUGUGUUCUUUGGUGUUCCAGUUAGGAAAGCAAUAUUCUACGUUCAUCCCCACGGUUCAUAAGGUAAUCGUGAGACAUCGGAUUCAGCAUCAACGUUAUGACAUUCUGAUCACUAAAAUUGUAAAGAGCCCAUUUCUGUUGGAUUGGGAGAACGAAGUGUUGUCUCGCCGGCAAAAGGCUGGUAGAGGAAACUUGGCAGAUGACUCCGCCACCAAUGCAGCUAUUGAAGCU